AGAAGAAGAAGCUGCCGUGUUUUUAUUCUGAAAGAUUGGAGGUGGAAGUUUUAUUGUUUUUGCUGAGGGGUCAAACUUACAGAGACUUUUAGGUAAAGCUGAUUGUUGAACAGCGACAUGAUGCCCAGCACUGCAGUGACGGACAUGUAGGGAACUUUUGAACAGAUAUUAAUGAGGUUAAGUGUUUUCUUUGAGUCGAAGCAGCUUUGACUACUUCUCAUUCUUCCGUCUGAUUGGCUGAGUUCACCGUGUCUGUCAAGUGCCUCCUGUUUUCCCUCUCUGUGGCGCAGCUGUAUAUUUACAGGUGCAGCUCCGAUAUGACUAAGAGAAGCACGUCUCUGCAGCUUGUCAAAAGGAUGCUGAACCAUCAAUGCAGAAGGAACCCCGAGCUUCAUGAGGAGCUGCAGAUUCAGGCUGCCGUGGCAGCGGGGGACGUCUACACCGUCCGGAGGAUGCUGGAGCAAGGAUACUCGCCAAAGAUCCGAGACGCCAACGGCUGGACGCUGCUUCACUUCUCUGCUGCCAAAGGAAAGGAGAGAUGUGUGCGAGUCUUUCUGGAGCAUGGAGCCGACCCCACAGUGAAGGACUUCAUCGGAGGCUUCACGGCUCUCCACUACGCUGCCAUGCACGGAAGAGCACGCAUCGCUCGACUGAUGCUGGAAUCAGAGUUUCGCAGUGACAUUAUAAACGCAAAGAGCAACGAUGGCUGGACGCCGCUGCACGUGGCCGCCCACUACGGCCGAGACUCGUUCGUGCGCCUCCUCCUCGAGUUCAGGGCCGAGGUGGACCCGCUGAGCGACAAAGGCACCACGCCGCUGCAGUUGGCCAUCAUCCGCGAGCGCUCCAGCUGCGUGCGGAUCCUGCUGGACCACAGCGCCAACAUUGACAUUCAAAACGGCUUCCUGCUGCGAUACGCCGUCAUCAAAGGCAACCACUCGUACUGCCGCAUGUUUCUGCAGAGGGGAGCGGACACUAACCUGGGACGCCUUGAAGACGGUCAGACACCCCUGCACCUGUCGGCCCUCAGGGAUGACGUGUUGUGUGCCCAGAUGCUCUACAUGUAUGGGGCCGACAUCAACACCAGGAACUAUGAGGGCCAGACGCCGGUAGCUGUUUCUGUUAGUAUGUCUGGGAUCAGCCGGCCAUGUCUGGACUUUCUGCAGGAGGUCACAAGACAACCUCGGACUCUACAAGACAUGUGUCGAAUAAAAAUCCGCCACUGCAUCGGCCUUCAGAGCUUGAAAUUCCUGGAGGAGCUACCAAUUGCGAAGGUCAUGAAAGACUACUUAAAACACAAGUUUGACAAUGUGUGAACGAGGAGAGGAGAGGCGGACUCAAAAACUCUGUGCUGUAAUAUUUAAAGACUAUGCAAUAACCCUGCUCCUUGUGUGGAGGAUAGGUCCACAGGUCUGUUCUGUACUGAGCUCAAGUCCACUUUGUUCAUCCAGUACAACACAUUCAACAGUUCUCAUGAUCUUCAUCUGAGCCUUCUGAUCUCAGAACGGGUGCUUAAAGGAGUCGAAGAAGUCCACCUCAUGUGAACAUCUCCAACGGUUCUUGUCAGGAAAAAAGGAAAACCUCAAUUCAGUGGAGAAAGCAUUGUUACUGUGGUUACCAAGAAAAUGUGCAUGUUCUCCUUGCUGGGUUGGAUCAUAUAGUAAAACAAUUCCCUGACUUUGUUCUAUUGAUUGAAUAUGAAUCAUUAAAUAGCCAAAAAAAAGCACUUAUGAUGUGCACAGUGCCAACUAGUUAGGAGUAUGUCCUGCAUGAGCAUGAGCAGAUCAUGUCAGGUUCAUGUCAGCAGACCUCUGUUUUCUUUUUUUUAUAAAUCGUAAAGUGGAUUGAAAUGUGAAGUUAAGGACUGCUGCAGGGUGCUCGGACAAAGUCAGGGUGUGUUUCUCACACUAAACACACUGGAUUGGAUUUACUCAAAUUAAAGGUGUCAGAAUAUUCAUUGCAUUUCUAUGCCAAGUGCUUUAAAAUGAUACAAUCUCUGUUGUUUUAAUAAUCAAUAGUAUCACAAAACUGCUGAUCUUUAGUCACAGGUUUAACCCGGGCUGUUGCGAACAAGAGAGAGAGAACUGUCUACAUUGCACAAAAUCAUUGGCAACAUUUUGAAGCGUCUCCAAUGUAUGUGUGCAGUUUAGACAGUCCUCUCUCUCUCUCUCUCUCUGUUUGUGUUGAAAAUAUGACUGAAAAUAUGACGUUUUUUUAAAGCUUCAGUACGUUUCAAUACUAUUGAUAAUUAAAAUAACGAGAGAUUGUAUCUUUGGGAAGAGAGAUGAAGGUUUGUGUGUAAAAAUCAGGACAUUUCCUAUUAGCUUCCUCAGUGUGCUGCAAAAACAAGAAAUUACCUAAUAAUGGGUGUCUAGGACUUCCAUUUUUGUUGCCAUGCUAUCAAUAAGGUUAUGUUUACUAUAAUUGUAUCCAAGUUCAUAAUUCUGGUAUCAGGACAUCCCUAACUCAAAUAUUGUUCCAAAGAAAUUCCAACAUUUUCAAACCCUGGAACGUAUUUUAAACAUAUUUGUGUGAACAGAAAGUUUAGGGACGGCUUCAGUUGAGAAUUACACAUCGAUGGUCUUCUGUCUUAUUUGAAUUAGUCUUUAAAACUCUAAAAUCACACAAUGGUACAAAUGAAAGAAAGGAUUGAGGACGCAGUAGAUGAGCAACUCCUGUGUGAUAUAAGAUAACAUCAGGGUAACAGGAUCCUUUCUGUAAUGUUGUCAAACUCUUGUUGACAAUCUGUGCCCGUCUGUACCAACAAAAAAAAAACUUUAGUGGACAGAUUUGAAUCCGGCACAAGAUGAAGACUGUGUUCUUCUUCUACCCAUCAGUCAAAAAUCAAACUACUGGAAAGUCUCACUGGUUUAUGAGACUCUGGACUUUAGUUUAAACUGUCUUCCUGUUUGUUCAUCAGUCAACAACAUGAAGUUUCUGUGCAGCUGUUGAGCCCUGUUAGUACCAUCUGUCUUCACCAUGGGGAGUGUGUAAUCCUGCUAGCUACCUGUAUCGUGCGCUAGUUAAGCUGACAGUUUACGGUAACGUUCAUCGUUGUGAAGUACAGACCACGCAGUCUUUCUUCUCCACCUCCUCUGGCCCCUUGUUUUCUUUGCCAUCAGCACUACACCAGGUUUAUUUACUGAACAGUGUACCACCCUUUUUUUUUUUUCAAAUGCACCAUUCUGACCUCAUGAGGGAGAAAAGAUGGUAACAAGUGGCGCUGCCUGCCUGGUCCACAUAGCUUUGUAUUCCAGCACGCCUUGCGCAGAGAAGCGGAGCUUACAAUUUGUUAUUCACCCCCCAAUCAUUGUGUAUUGUGUCAGGUGGCAUGCAGUAGGUGACGGUGGCAAUUACUGUUAUGACGGGGGCAUGACUCAGCAUUUUAUACUGGUUGCGUCGGUGUAUAGGACACAGCCAACAUUUUAGAUUGUCAGACGUGUAUUUUUUCAUACAUAUUUUUAUUUUACGGUAGAUCUCAGGUUUAAAAACAAUAAUAAUAAUUCACACAAACAUUUCUUUUCAUAAUAACACGAGCAAGAAUAUGACAUGCUCAUGUUUUUGUGAACUCAGUGCAAUGCUUCUCGAGGCCGAUCUGUUCUGCUUUCCUCGACUAUAAUUCAAGUUAUCAAUUUCUACUCCCAUGUGUUUGAGUUCAGAGUGAGAGCGUGGCGACUCGUGUUCUCAAAACACCAACGUCUACUCAUGUCAGCAGCUGUUGAUGAAAUCAUGAGUAGACAACAUUAACACACUAUCUCUAGAAGCUACAGUCGAUGUAAAUACGUUAAAACAGAUAUUUUUGUAGAGUUUAUUUAAGCAAUGACCUCUGGUAUUCUUAAUGUAUUUAAAGUUUGGAAAGUGUUGUGAUCUGUUUGGUGUGUAUUUCUUUUUCUGUGUGUGUCUGAUUGAAACGCUUUGUUGUACAAAAUAUAAUUUGGAAUCAAGUGUUCUUUCAUUUUUAAAGCAGAAAUGUUGGGUGCUUUCUUAAAAUUCAUCAUCUCUUGCAGGAAACUCUGUUGUGGAGAUUAUACUGUGAAUUUUUCAUUUUGACAAUUUAAAAUAAAAUGUAGGAUUUGGGGCUUGAA